CAGUCAAAACAAUCCUUGGCCUCGAUUCUUUUACCUAUCAGCUUUUCCAAAUUUUUCGCAUCGCAUCUACCAAAUCGCGUCUUCGUCUGCGGUUUGCCAGCCAACAUCACAGCUACACCAAUCUUUAGGCAUACAAAGCUCUCCUUUCAAGUCUAUUAAGUGAUUUUCAUUAAUCAAAAUGUCUGACUACGGUGAUGAUGGGGAUGUCGGUGGAGCGGACGAGCCUAUGUUCGAGGAUGAAGAGCCCAUAGACGACGAGCUCGAUCCCGAAGUUCCCGACAAUGAGGAGGAUGAAUUCACCCGAAGAGGCGUAGACGAGGAAGAAAAUGUUGUCGUCUCGGGCGAUCCGUCUGCUGCCGCAAACCGAACAAAGUCUACGACAAAGUUGAACAAAGACAAGAAGAUCCCUAACGAGGAGCGAUCUACCACUCCAUACCUAACGAAAUACGAGAGAGCUCGUGUUUUAGGUACCAGAGCACUACAGAUCAGUAUGAAUGCUCCUGUCCUCGUAGAUUUAGAAGGAGAGUCAGAUCCGCUCCAGAUUGCUAUUAAGGAGCUACGCGAAAAGAAGAUUCCUCUGAUCGUCCGCCGUUAUCUUCCCGAUGGCUAUUACGAGGAUUGGUCCUGCGAAGAGCUGCUCCAGUAGAACGAUAUCAGCUCCCUCGGCCUUUCGCAAUCUGGAUAUUGAACCGACUCUAGCAUCGCUUCGAACGACCCUCCAGCGGAUAGGGUUGACCGAUACGACUAUGCGUGAAGGAAUCGUCGGAUGACUCAGAGAAGUUUGCACGAGCACGGAGUUAGUGGUUGCUUUUCGGAAUAUAUCAAAAUUUCCCCUGGGCAUAAUACUUCUGAGUACACGGCGUCGAGGAAUUAAUAUCUACUCGGUUGAUUACAUGGUAACUAAAUCGCCUCGCAUGGCGGGUGUGGGUUCCGCUAUCAGCUUUUCCGCAAACCCCCUAUCAGCCUCAUCCAGUGCAGAGGAUAUAAGCGGUGAGCCUAUGUCCCAUGACCACGUGCGCCGACAAGAAAAAUAUUGCCAGAUCCGGCUGAGUUCCCUCGCCGAGUUCACCGGUGACUGCCAUUAGGUAGCUGCAGAUUGAUUUUCAGUGUUGUUAUUAUAGUUAUUCUAACUAAUAGUCAACGAAAAACAAUUGAUGCAUUUUAUGUCCCUGUUAAUAGGACUUAUAAAUUCACCUACAAUUUACCCGAG